GGGAUGCCCCACCCGCGGAAGGCCGCUGCUCCUCCAGUCCAUGGGUCAUGCCAUCACGGGAGGUGGCUUUUACAACAUCGACGUCGAGCCGAUCAAAGAGCCGAACCAGGGGGAGCUCUACGAGGCAGUCAUCCACUUCGCCUCGGCACCCCUGUCGCCGGAGCUCUUGUCGGACGAACUCAAAUACCUCAUGGAUGUCAGCUGGGACUGGCAAGUGACGAGGGUCUCCGAGACGGAAUUCACAGUCCGCUUCCCCUCGCGCGAGACUCUGAGGAUGAACACGCGCAGGGGUCAGAUCUUCCUCCCGCUCUGCAAGCGCGAUGUGGACAUCCGCGAGGCCUUUGUCACUCCCAAACCAGGGAAGGCCUUCCCUUCGGUGUGGGUCCAGAUUACCGGCCUUCCCGGCGACCUGAUGGAGAAGGAGAGGCUCUUGGCGGCGCUUACCAUGCUGGGUAGGCCUAUCGACGUGGAUGAGCUCUCCCUCAAGAAGUGGAAGACCGAGCCCAUCCGCAUCCGUUUCCAAUGCCGUCACCCGGAGCGUAUCAAAGGGACGGUGCAACUCUGCGUCAAUGGCGAGCCUUACACUUUGGGAGUGUUCGCUGAGCUCAACGCACCCGGGGGAGGUGGUGCGAGCGGCCCUCCAAAGCCGCCUGCUCCUCGCGAUGACGACGAUGACGAUCUGGAUGACCUGGACUCCGACGACAAGAGCGACGGGGAGCGCUGGAACCGUCACCGCAGGAAUGACAAGAACGACAAGACGGGAGCUGCUACCAACACCAAGGCCGGCCAAGACGGCGGGUCGCUGGGUGGGUCAGGGAAGACCACUCGGGCUGCUGCGCCGGGCUCGCGCAGCGCGCCCUCGCUGGGUGCGAUUCCAGACCAGUAUGGGUCCAACCUCGCUGGUAACAUCCCGGGCCUCUCCCUCUCCUGCAGGUUCGAGGCCCUUGCUGAUCUGGACCAGACGGAGCCUGGAGACGGUGCGCCCACCCCCUUGGACACCUCCCUCCCUGGCCUGGAGGAGUCCCUCGCGUCGGGCGAGACGGUGUCCCAUGUCACCGACCCCGUGGAUGCUUGGCUCCUGGACAGCCCCACCGGCCAGGCCCCCGGGGAUGCGCUGGGCUCGAAGCCCCCGGUCUCUGAGCCGGACCUCCGCGGCGAGGUGAUCGCUGCCAUCUCCCUCUCCCAGGGCAAGCGCACCAAGGUGGUGGAAGUGCAGGCGUCGCCAAGGACCACCAAGAAGACGACGGCGGCGAGUGCGGUGCGGAAGAGCUCCAGGAACCAGGGGCCGGCGGCCAACCGCCCGGUCAUGGAGAGGGCCAAGAUGCUGACCAAGGCCAAGAACCUCGAUCCCCCUUCUUCUGGACCAGCACUGGAGGGCUCUGGUCAGACCGACGGACCUGGCACUGGUGGACACGGCGGUGGGCGACGUCCGGAGGCUAUACUCGCGGACUAGAGGCGACAGGACUCCAUGAUGAGGAUCGUAUCCGUUGCAGCGCUUCUUUGUUCCGUAGCUAUUUGCCUCUUCUUAGGACCCAGGGGGGUUGGCUAUCUUCAUGUUUCUUAAGACUUAUCUUGUAUGGAACUGGUUAUUGUAUGACUUGUAUCGGUGGUUGCCGUGUUGGCUUUAUCUAUAAAGCUGGGCUUAGGCCUUCUCUUUAAAAAACUGCUGGUCUU